AUCCCUCCUCCAACGCCGCCUGCUCUCUCCUCGACAUCCAAAGUCAAUGAUAAGAAUGUCCUCACGCUUCACAUUCUCGACAUUCGACGUGAGCAGACAAGUGUUCUAUCACACAAAACUGUCCUACGGUGUUGUGAACCUCAAGCCUAUAGUCCCAGGUCACGUGCUGGUCGUCCCGAGGAGAGUGGUCAAACGUCUUGCGGACUUGACAGGCGAAGAAUUGACAGAUAUGUUCGACACUGUCCGGCGAGUAGGACAAGUAGUCGAGAAAGCCUUCCAAGGGGAAUCGUUAACCAUCGCACUCCAAGACGGCCCCGCAGCUGGCCAGUCAGUGCCGCACGUUCACGUCCAUAUCCUCCCCCGCCGGUUUACAGAUUUUGGGGGAAGGAACGACGCUGUAUACCCUGCGUUGGAGACGAACGAGGCUGGUUUACCUGGGCAGUUGGGCGCUGGUGCUGGGAAGGCAGCGGACGAGAAGGGAAGGCUGAGGAUGGAUAACGAUGAACGUGAACCGAGGAGUAUGGAAGAGAUGGAAAAAGAGGCUGAUUGGCUCAGGGGGUUGUUCUAGUUGAGCUCUGGACGUUGAGGACGAGAACGAGGACAACGAGAAAUUGAAAUUGAAGCUGCAUAAUGGGUCGUAAGUUGCUAGAAUAUAACGUGUAUCAGUAUCUUUCUUUCCUCCUUCCAUCGCUCAUGAGCUAGCCCAUCAAACCCCCCGUGUACUGCACCGUAUCCCCCUCUCUCACCCCCUGCAGUCCAAGCGGGAAAUCGUCCCCCUCCUCCCAAGCGCUCGGGACAAGCACAAGCGGGCAUAUCCAAGCCGCACUCAACUUGACCCCUCUCCCCUGGUCGAAGCUGCAGAUGCCUAGCCAGGCAGCGGAGAUCGCUGCACCCAGAGCGGAGAGGAGGGGCAGGAGACGGCGGACGAGGACAAGCGUGCUAGUCGCUUGCGGUGGGAGGCCGGUGGGGGGCACUUGACGUAGGAGCCAUUGGAGUGUUGCGAGCAGGAGAGCGGCGCGUUUGGCUGCUGUGAGGUGGGUGUCGUUGAGCGCUUCUAGCACCGGUGGGGGGAGGUACAUUGUGAAUCCCCACCAGUUUGCUUUGAACGACAAUUUCUCUUUGGACGGUAUGAAUACCCGAACGACUCGUUGUUUGCUCUUGCUCUUCU